AACACUGCCUGGUUGUCAAAAAUGACUUAUUGUAAUUCUUUUGGUUUCAAAAUUCAAAAUGGAAAUGGCAGAUCAAACGCAGAAGAAGGUUUUAUUAAAAAUUCCCUUACUAAAUAACGAACAAGCUCAAUUGGUAUCUGACGUAUUAAAUGUUGACAAAGAACUUAAAGGUAGUGGAAUCAACAGAGAAAUUAGUAUAGAUGAAGACUGUCUAUUGAUAAUAUUUGAUGGUGCUGACUACAAGAAGUUACGAGUGUCAAUUAAUGCUCUACUGAAAAAUGUUAAUCUGAUAGUAAAAACUUUUAGUUUAUUUUGUUAGUUAUACUUUCAUCUUAAUCUUUCACAAUGCCUGAACACACUCCAGCUCCUACGCCUUGUAGAUCACUGUAUGGUUUCUUCAUGUACUUGUUAAGUAAAACAAUUUUAGCAGUUUAUUGUAUCUGGGCUAUAACUCCUGAUUCUUAUUUACAUUAUAUAAAUAUUUUCUAUUAUCCACAAAAGUACUGGGCAAUAGCAGUUCCUAUACAAUGUUUAGUGGGAUUGACAAUGUUUGCAUUUUUAGUUUACCCUAGUUCAAAUUUAAUGUUAACAACAACAAUAAAUAGUCUUAAUACUAUUCAUGACACUUUUACCAGGAUUGAUGAUAAAAUUACUGAAAAUCAAAGCAGUGCCAACAAUAAAUGUAUAUGUGAAAAUGAUACUAAAUGUAUGAAAUUUACUUAUUUAGCCAGUAAUAAGGAACUUAUAGAAAAUACUGUACCCCAAUUAGUAGAUUUAGAUAUACGUCUUGUCUCGAAGAAACUUUACCUUUGUAGAUAAUAAAAAAAUUAUGAUUGAUA